CCAAAACUCACGCUCUCUCUUUCUCUCUCUAUCUCUCUCUCAUCUCAAAAAUGGAACCCAAUGAAAACCAGCUCAGCUCCUACUUCCACCACCAACACCACCAUCAGAGUCCCACCACAUCGCCGACCAAUGGCCUAUUACCCCCUACCCACCACCUCUCCUCCUCCGACGCCGGCCCCCACGUCGUUUACCCUCACUCCGUUCCCUCCGCCGCCGUGUCCUCCUCGCCUCUCGAGCCUGCCCGCCGUAAGAGAGGCCGGCCGAGGAAGUACGGUACGCCGGAGGAAGCUUUAGCGGCCAAGAAAGCUGCUACAGCGUCGUCUCACUCUUCGUCCUCCAAGGCUAAGAAGGACCUCGCUUCUUCUUCUUCCCUUAAUGCCGUUUCCGCUUCUUCUUCCUUCUCCGCGUUUUCGAAGAAAUCUCAGUUGGCUGCACUUGGUAAUGCAGGCCAAGGUUUUUCGCCACAUGUUAUUAAUGUAGCGGCUGGUGAGGAUGUGGGUCAGAAAAUUAUGCUCUUUAUGCAACAAUGUAAGCGGGAAAUUUGUAUCCUUUCUGCAUCUGGUUCGAUCUCCAACGCAUCUCUCCGUCAACCAGCGACAUCUGGAGGCAAUAUUACAUAUGAGGGUCGUUUUGAGAUUGUUUCAUUAUGCGGAUCUUAUAUACGAACUGACUUCGGAGGAAAGACUGGUGGUCUUAGUGUAUGUUUAUCGAGUGCUGAUGGCCAUAUAAUAGGAGGGGGAGUCGGUGGACCGUUGAAGGCUGCUGGACCUGUGCAGGUCAUUGUAGGUACCUUCGUAAUCGACCCGAAGAAGGAAGUUGGUGGUGUUAAAGGUGAUGCAUCUGCUGGAAAGUUGCCCUCGCCUACUGGUGGGACACCAAUGUCAAAUCUACGCUAUGGCUCGAAUGUCGACACGGGAGGUAAUCAAGUCAGGGGAAAUGAUGAGCAUCAAGGUAUUGGGGAGAGUCAUUUCUUGCUUCAGCCCCGGGGAGUGAACCUGACGUCGUUGCGAUCUACAGACUGGAGGAUGAGUCUGGAUGCCACAAACAAUGCUUAUGAUUUGACAGGAAGAACAAGCCAUCAUUCUCCCGAAAACGGAGAUUACGAUCAGAUUCCCGAUUGAAGCUAACACAUGGGACAGGACGGGACGGGACAGGACAGGACAGGACCGCAAAGUUUGUCGUAGAUAAAUGUACAAUAUCAACAGUUGCAAUGCCAGGCAUCUCCUCUUCACUCUCUGUUAGCUAAUUCUGGUUGUAGUAUGCACCAUAUACUGUAAAGGUGAUAAACUCUUUAGAAGUUCUUUAAGCUCUUGCAUUUUAUUUUCCCUUCCCCCACUUUUCUAAGUUCAUCCACCUUUCAUGGUGUAUUUGCUUGUUAAGUCGCUGUCUAAUUCUAAUUCCCCUGUUUUUACUUAGAUGAACAAGUUUGCUGUAGUUGUUACCUUUUGCAAUCUCCAAUUUGAUCAUAUAAACAGAUACCUCUGGUGAUUUAGAAUUC